AUGUUCACAUACCUACAACCAAUUUUUAUUGGAGUCGCGAUUAGAUAUGUCAACGGCAAGUCUCAAACUAUUCUGGGAGACAUCAAUGGAGUGAAGCUUGUGCUUUUUGCUAUUAUUGUCUAUGCAGGCAUGGCGGCAUCGGCGGCAAUCUAUCAAACCCGAAUCAAUAAACUGCGUGUGAUGAUUCGGGGAGCGCUAGUUGGACUGGUUCAUCAUCAAUCGCUUCGAUUGCCUCUUCAAGCAUCUCGUGAUUCGUCUGCUCUGGCUUUGGUCGUGUCCGACAUUGAAAAUGUGGAAUCAUCAGGUGAAACAUGUCAUGAAAUCUGGGCCCGUCUCAUGGAGGUUCUCAUCGGGACCGCGUUGCUCGCCUCUUGCAUUCGGUGGUUUGCGCUUCUACCAUCUCUUCUCAUCUUUGCAUGUUCACGAAUGAGCGCCUAUGUUGCCAAGAAUAUGAGUAGCCGACAAAAAGCAUGGAACAAUGCAACCCAAGCCCGCCUUGCAUCAACGACCUCGGCUUUGGAAGGUAUCAAGAGCUUGAAGAUGAUGGGCAUGGAACGUGCCCUCCAGUCUCAUAUUUUGCACUUACGAAGUCAAGAAACUGAAACGUCAAAGUCGGUCAGAUGGAUAAUGGUAGCUUCUAAUGCAAGUGCAAAUGCACUUGGAAUCUUAGCGCCGGUCCUGACAGUACUCCUCUUUACAUUUUCAUCGAAAAAUGAAAAGUUGGAGGCUGAUCAGAUGUUCACCUCCUUGGCUUUGCUAGCCAUGGUGACACACCCGGCCAAUAUGGUCAUGACCUUAGUUCCAGAGGCAGUGUCCAUCAUGGCGAACUUUGACCGAUUGCAGAAUUUUCUCAAGCAACCAUCUGCUAGGGACCCCCGACACAUUUCUCAAUUCAGGAAAGCAAAUGAGGCAGCCUCCAUUGAAGGCGUAUCAAUCAAUUUCCCCUCGGCUCGUGAUUCCGUUCUCCGUGAUGUCUCUUUGCACCUCGUCCGUGGCGAGAUUGUCAUCUGUGCCGGUGCUGUUGGAAGUGGCAAGUCAACUCUAGCAACCGCCGUUCUCGGUGGAAUCGCGCCUGUCACCGGUUCGAUUAGCGUGUGCUCACAAGAAGUUGCCUACUGUGCCCAAGAUCCUUGGCUAUCUCGGGCAACCAUCCGUGAAGCCAUCAUUGGCCAGCGAGAAUUUCAAGACAAAGAGUGGUACACUACAGUCAUCGAAGCAUGUGGGCUCCUUCCCGACUUCGCUACCUUUGUUGACGGCGAUCUGACAGUCAUUGACAACAAUGGAAUGAAUCUGUCCGGAGGGCAGAAACAACGCAUAGCAUUAGCACGAGCUGUGUUCUCCAAGUAUCCAAUAUUCGUGCUUGAUGACCCAUUCAGUGCACUGGAUUACAAAGUCACGAAACACAUCACCCAAAGUCUGCUUGGCUCACAAGGUCUUCUUCGAAGGCUUGGCGCCACUGUGUUCCUUGUCAGCAAUUCAGAAAAUGUUUGGCGUUUCGCCGAUAGAUUUUUCAUAUUGCAGGACUCAAAACUCAAGCCGCAUACCUGGUCGGGGCUACGAGAACAAACCGACACUUCUGAUUUUGCCGCAGGGCCCGCCAUUCUUCCAAGGACUGCCUUCGAAAUAAAUUCUUUCGAUGAUCCCAGAAAGACAAAGGCGUCCCGAAUGAACGAUGCUGUGGAUGAACUCUCACGAAAGGAUGGCGGCUUGACCACCUAUGGGUACUACAUGAAAGCCGUUGGUCUGAGAAGUACCUUACUUCUCAUUGCAUGCACUGCGGGCUUUUCAUAUGGAUCUACGUUCGCGCAGAAUGCGCUUAAAUGGGCAACGGAAAGUCCCUCCGAGUCUUUGGUGUUCUACAUGUCUCUCUAUGCUUCAGUUUCUUUGAUUGCCUGGGUGGCGACGAGUGGGACUGUCUGGUCGGCUCAAAUCAAAGUUGCCAUUGACUCAGGCGCGAUUCUUCAUGCAAAUCUACUAGACAGAGUUCUGAAGGCACCUUUGCGCUACUUCACCGAAACUGAUCUCGGGAUUCUUUUGAAUAGAUUUGGACAAGAUAUGAAUGUUGUUGAUAAGCAGCUUCCUUCGACGCUGGCUUUCUUUUUCACACAGGUCUUCAAAUUGACGAUGCAAAUCAUCCUACUCUUGAAAGUGAGAUUCGUCAUGAGCAUCACCCUACCAGUGUGUGCUGCAUGUGUAUAUUUCAUUCAGCGAGUCUACCUUCGGACAUCACGGCAAUUGCGUUUCCUCGAGUUUGAGAAUAAAGCAUUUGUCUUUAGUAAUUUCCUGGAUACAGCAAGCGGGAUUGUCACAAUACGAGCAUUCGGCUGGCAAAGCAAGUUCGAGCAAGAAAAUAUCAAAUUCCUGGACAUAUCCCAAAAGCCUUCCUAUCUGCUUCUAUGCUUGCAGUGCUGGUUGAAAGUGACUUUGGAUUCAAUCAUGGCAAUUUUCGCAGUCAUCCUGAUUGUUGUCACCGUUUUGCAACGUGAUACAACUAGUGGAUCCGAUUUGGGUUUGGCAUUGAAUUUGAUUAUUCUCGCAAACACGACCUUACUCAAGCUUGUCCAAUCAUGGACAUCCCUCGAAACGUCUCUCGGAACAAUUUCUCGACUGAAAAGUGUUCAGGAUGCCGUUCCGAUUGAAGACAGUGUUGGGAGCAUCCCUGCCAAAACUGACCUCCACUGGCCUUCACGCGGAUGUUUAAAGGUCGAUAAUAUUUCAGUCGCCUACUCAGAUCGCUCGGCUGAUGCCUUGAGCCAUCUUUCUAUCGCUGUCAAUCCUGGCCAGAAGAUCAUCGUUGCCGGUAGAACAGGGAGUGGCAAGAGUACAAUGAUGUUCUCCCUUUUACAGAUGCUUCAACCCAGAUUAGGAACCAUACAGAUUGACGACGUGGACAUCGGCCAUUUACAUCCGAGAAUUGUCCGCAGUCAGGGAAUAAUUGCUGUACCGCAAGAUGGAUUCAUGAUUCCGACGGCAACUCUGCGUUUCAAUCUUGAUCCCUACCACACUUGCUCGAACGAAGACAUACUGCGGAGCCUUCAGCGAGUAGGUAUUUGGGAUCAGAUCGAUUCUCGAACCGAUCCUUCGCCCAGAUCAGAGAAGGUUCGGAACGCAGAUCUCCAGACGCUCUUGGAUCUUCCCAUGUCCAGAUUCCUGCCGUUCUCAGCUGGACAAGCACAGCUCUUCGCCCUUGGUCGCAUGUUGCUCAGGAUUCGAUCUGCGGUGCCACGCAAGCCCGUUGUGAUACUGGAUGAAGCCAGCUCUUCUAUGGAUCCUCAGACCGAGUCCGUCUUGGCAAAUAUACUCCGUCACGAUCUUUGUGAUCAUACCGUUGUGAUGAUUGCGCAUCGCGUUGAAGGGAUUAUCAGUGCAAUGAGACCUGGGGUAGAUGCUAUUGCUACGCUGCAGGAUGGUAAACUUAAGAAUUUGUCUCUUCUCUGA